AUCUAAUUCAAAAUAAAACAGGAUAGUAACACUAAAUAAUCGAGGCAUUGACAAUGCAAGAUAACUGCUGUUUCCUUAAACUAUUUGAAAACGCCACGAUAAGAUGCAUCGGCAAUGUGCAUUUCACUUCCUUGUUCUGGUGGCUUAUUCUCCAUCCAGCAGUGCUACAUGAAGAAUUAACGGAGGACUGAAUAAAAUACAUAUUGGUUGGUCAUUAUGGAAAAUUACAUUAGAUACAACUACCUGUAUAUUGUUGUGAUAAAUCUGACUUGGCUGUCACUUUGUUAUAGCAAUGAAUGGGUAUCCAUAGAACAUAACAUAGAAAUGGCUCUGUCUUGUGGGAGGGGUGAAGCUAUUUACAUAGAGAAUGUCACUCGUGCAACAACAUGUCAUGAAAGCAAUGAGCUGAUACCUAAAACAGAAUGGGGAGAAAGAUUUGAUAUUUGUAACGGAGAGAAAAAAUGCUACAUAACCGGACAUAACUCGUCAGCCAUAGAAGAUUUUAAUUCCAGUCGUAUAAAUGCUACUAACGUCUGCUAUAGAUGUCUCAAAUCUGCCAGAAAACGCAACAACCGAAAUAUGACUUUGGAUUGCAAUCAUGAAUAUAUCCAAACAAGAGCAGUGAUACAUGGGCUAAGCGUAGAUCGUUGUCCAAAUGACAAAAGGUGCUGCCAAGUUGAAAGUUCAGAACGACUCGAAGAGAUUAAAGAAAUUUGUGAUAACCAAGGUACAUGUAACAUAACAUCUACUCUUAGUGGUGGUAAAUGUCAAUCGAAAAAAAGAAAUUACGAACAAAUAUUAUAUGAAUGCAUUCCUCCUCCACCAACAACUCUUAGCACAUCUAGAAAAAUUACAACAAUUAGACAGGAAACAACACAGGCUACAACACCUCAACCAACAUCAACAACAACAACAGCCACGCAGAGAGAAACGUCAACUCUAACUGCAAUAACAAAAGCAGCACAUUCAACAAGAUUCCAAACAGAGGAAGUACUAGUAUCCAAAGUUUCAGUUCCAACUAGUACAUCUACUGUAAAAGAAUAUUCUACAAGUACUGCAGAUGAGACGCCAAAAACACAUAGUGAGAUUACAACAAAAGAACCUGAUCCUACCACAGACAAAGAUGAUAUUUUGGAAGAACAGGGUUUCGGAAAAUAUGAAAAUAUUCUUGCUGUUGUUUUGCCAGCUGUGCUUGGUGGAUUGAUUUUGGUGGCUAUUAUUGUGGUGCUAAUGGUGUGCCUUAUCAGACGAAAAAGGAGAGCAACAAAGGGGAAUCGAAGCAAACCAAAUAAUGAUACACUUCAUGCAAAUGAUGCCUUCAUAAUGGACCUGAAGGAGAAAUGUGACAAUGGCAGAAAAGGAAAAAUCAAUGAUGAAGUUGUUCCAAACGAAGUACCUGAAAACAUCCAUAAGAGAUGCAAUGAUGGAGAAAGUGACCAAAAUGGAGAUGGCAGCCAAGACUGCUAUGAUAGAAUUCAACUUGGUGCAACGAAGAAUCCCAGAGUUGGUAAAAAGCUUGAUGAGAGCUAUUCCCAUGUCAUAAAAUGUGAUGAUAACGAUCUCUAUUAUUCCACUGCCGUUGACGUUUCCGAAGAAGACCUUAAGGAAGAAAAUGAAAAUGAGAUUGGGUCAUUAAAAAUCAACAAUACGUAUUCAAAUGUUACAGAACUAAUCACGGGUUCCCCAUCAAAGAAAGCUCCCAAGUUUGUAAUAGCAGAUGACAAAAGAGAUGAGAGAAGCACGCAUGCCAAUGUAAAUGAAAUUAAAGAAACAAAGGAAAUGCUACCACAUAAUGAUGACUAUUAUUUGAAAGUGGCAACACAUACUGAACCUGCCAGUGGCCAUUCAUCCACUUCCACCAAAGAUAUUAGUGAUAUCUACGCAGCAGUGGAUAAAACAAAGAAAAAUAAAGCCAGAUUCUGAGUUAAAGUGAAUGUAACGAAACCUCUGGUGUCCGUUUGAUAGACUAUGCCAUUUACAAUGACAAAUGAUGUAUUUAAAUACAGUCGCGUGGUUAUAUGUAAGAAUAAUUAACUCUUAAAAACUUUGAGGUUCAUUAAACUUCUUAGGAAUACAGGGCUCUUAUUACCACAGAAGUAGAAUAUUUUCAUACCGGCUGAACCACAAGAAAAGUGCCUCAUAAAAGAAACACUUUUUAAAAAAGUAGUCUACAUUAUACAGUAUAUUUUUCAGUAUCCAGACACCUGUCUAAUAUGAACACCUCCCUAUGUGAACAUUCUUUUUUCGUCCAGGUUAUCAAUAGAAUGUUUUCCAUUAUUUAGCUAAUUGACAUCUGUUAGACGCCAAACGUUGUGUAAUAUAUUUUGGCCCACCCUGUAAAAUUAAACUUAUACUGUAUCAUAUGAAAAAACUCAAUAAGAUAAAGAGAUAAUUGUUUGAAUGCCCCUCAUUAACAGUGACAGAUCCAAUGCGUCACUGUGCGUGUUCCUGUGAGAUAAAACUAGGGCUAAAGUCCUAUUUUGUUAUGAUAUCAUUAAGUAACAUUAUACCCGCUUCACGAUUCUAAGUGAUAUAAAUCCUUUUUUAGCAUCGGGUCAUACCACUUCCUGGAAUAAUAUAUGACAUAAAGUUGCUUUAAAUGUUUUCAAUUAUAUCACAAAUUGGAGUUAUUUCAAUGAUAUACUAGAUUGAAAUAAUUGUUCCAGGAACUCCUCAAUUAGGGCAUUAAAAUGAAUUGUACAAUUAUUUUAUGAAUCAUCCAAAUAUGUACUAUUCGUGAUAAAAAGAAA